GUAAUGAUGGAUGACAGUGUGUAUCAGUCUCUCUCUCGCCCGAGACCCGGGAUGGAGCUCAGCUACUCCAGCUCGUCUGAGGAAGACGAGGGAACCGACCUUCGUCACAAGCACUACCGCGACACGCACUCGCACACGCACUCCGACUACGAGCCGGACCGCCGGUUCACCUACAACAGCCACAAGGUCCGCAGGAAACCCCACGACCCCAUCCAGAAAGAAUCGGCUCAGAUGGCUUUUCCGGACUUCCAGACUGAGCUCCAUUCAGCCAAUCAAGAGCUGGCAUACCCUGGAGGUGGCGCUUCAGUGGGGAUGGCCUCUGACCCUGAGUCUGAGGGUGGAGCUUCUCCUGACCACGCCCUCCGGCUGUGGAUGCAGGAAGUGAAGUCAGAGCGUACUUCCUGUGUUUCAAGCCGAGCGAAUUCCGUCCUGUCGCUGACCGAUACGGAGCAGGAGGGACGGGGCGAGCAGGACAACGACAACGAUCUUCCCUCCAGUCCUGUUGCUCGUUUCUCCUUCAGGCCGUUACCCCCUCCUCCCCCUCCACCCCACGCCUGUACCUGCGUGCGUCCAGCACCGUCCACCGCCCCGGAGCUGAUCCAGAGAAACACGCUGCCGGCCCGCGGACACCAGAGUGACCCGACCAAAACAGUGCAGGACGACGGCUGCCAGUCAGAAAACACCUGGGGUCUAAACAGUAACAUACCACUGGAGACCAGGCACUUCCUGUUCAAGCACGGCUCUGGUUCCUCGACGCUCUUCAACGCAACCAAUCAGAACUACCCACUGACCUCCAGUACGGUCUACUCUCCGCCCCCCAGGCCGUUACCCAGAACCCCCCUGACCAGGCCGCUCUUCUCCUUCAGUAAACCGUAUCGCUGCUGUAACUGGAAGUGUACAGCCCUGAGCGCCAGCGCCGUCACCGUCACGCUCGCCCUGCUGCUCACUUACGUCAUCGUAGUGAAUCUGCUGGGGUUGCCGUGGAGUUUGCGCAAGUUGGAUACGGAGCUGUUUGAGAACGGGAAAGCUGGACGCGCUCAAGAGGAGGGAAAUGACCUCGUCUCCACAGCGCAGCACCCGACGCCCAACACCACUCACACAGAUAAGGACCCGUCGCAGCGUGGGCGGGGCAUCGACAGAGGUGAAGUUGACAUCGGCACUCAGCUGGUCCAGGUGAUUCCCCCGGGUCAGUUCUGGAGAUUCAGCGUGGUGGUCCAACAUCCGGAGUACAUCCGCUUCAACAUCUCACACACACACAACGCUCUGCUGGGAAUCUACGGCAGGAGGAACCUGCCACCCACCCACACACAGUUCGACUUUGUGAAGCUGCUGGAUGGGAAGCUGAAGCAGGAAUCUCGGAAUCCUGACAUUCCCAAGGUUUCUGCAUCAAAUGGUUUACUGAGUGCCCUCCAGGAAACGGUGUUUAUGGAAUAUCUGGACCUGGGCACCUGGCACCUGGCCUUCUACAACGACGGGCGCAAAAUGGAGCAGGUGCUGGUGCACAGCACCGCUAUCGAAAUGAUGGACGGUUGCUCCACUAACUGUAACGGGAACGGUGAAUGUGUUGCUGGUCACUGCCAUUGUUUCACCGGCUUCCUCGGACCGGACUGUUCCAAAGACUCAUGCCCCGUGCUGUGCAGCGGUAACGGCGAGUAUGAGAAGGGGGUGUGUGUGUGUCGUGUAGGCUGGAAGGGGGCAGAGUGUGAGGUGGAGGACGGGCAGUGUAUCGACCCCACCUGCUCCAACAACGGGGAGUGUGUCGACGGAACCUGUGUGUGCGCACCCGCCUUCAAAGGAGUCAACUGUGAGGAAGUGGACUGUGUUGACCCGUCGUGUUCGGGGCGGGGUGUGUGUGUGCGGGGUGAGUGUGUGUGUUCUGCAGGGUGGGGGGGUGAGGUGUGUGAGACCCCUCUGCCGGCGUGUAAAGAGCAGUGUUCCAGACACGGCACGUACCAGCCUCAGACCGGAGUGUGUGUGUGUGAGCAGGGCUGGACGGGAACAGACUGCUCCACAGAGUUGUGCCCGCUGCCCUGUAGCGUCCACGGCGUGUGCGUUGGUGGGCAGUGCCAGUGUGAGGAUGGGUGGGAGGGGCCUGUCUGUGACAAACAGGCCUGCCAUCCAGUGUGUGAAGAGCACGGAGAGUGUAAGGACGGGCAGUGUGUGUGUCACCCCGGCUGGGAAGGAGAGCACUGCACGAUCGCACAUUACCUGGAUCUGCUUGAUAAAGAUGCGUGUCCCGGUCUCUGUAAUGGUAACGGUCGCUGUACUCUGGAACAGAGCGGGUGGCACUGUGUCUGUCAGUCCGGCUGGAGCGGUCCGGGCUGUAGCGUCGUCAUGGAAAUGCAGUGCAAUGACAGCGGAGAUAACGAUGGAGAUGGUUUGGUGGACUGUGUAGACCCGGACUGUUGCAGCCAGCAAGUGUGUGUAAACUCUCCGCUGUGCCAGGGGUCCCCUGACCCCCGUGACAUCAUCCAGCAGAUCCACGCCCCCUUUGCGCCACGCCCCUCGCAGCAGUUCUUUGAACGAGUGCGGUUCCUCGUCGGGAGAGACAGCACACACACACUGCCGGGGGAUCUGCCGUACGACAGCAGUCGUGUUUGUGUGAUUAGAGGUCAGGCGUUGUCGUCUGAUGGAACCCCUCUGGUUGGCGUUAACGUCACGUUUCAGCAGAAUCCUGAAUACGGAUACACGCUCAGCCGGCAGGACGGCAGUUUUGACCUGCUGGCUGUGGGGGGAGUGUCCGUCACCCUGCUGUUCCAAAGAGCCCCUUUCCUCCCCCAGACGCGCUCCGUCUGGUUGCCAUGGAAUCAGUUCGUUGUGCUGGAGGGGGUCGUGAUGUCCCGCUCCGAGUCCCGCCCCCCUGUCUGCGAAGAGAAGAAUCUGAUUGGCCCAAAUCCCACGGUUCUCCCCGCCCCUCUCACACGAUUCGCUGGAAACUGUCAGGAAAGAGGACCUGUGAUACCUGAGCUACAGGCGGUUCAGGAGGAGAUAGAGAUAGCUGGGAGUUUUCUGAAGCUCAGUUAUCUCUCCACUCGUUCUCCCGGUUAUCGCUCUCUCCUGCGGGUCAUUCUCACUCAUGCUGUCCUGCCGGUGGGUUUGGCCAAAGUCCAUCUGUCGGUCAGUGUGGAGGGGAUGCUGGUCACUAAGUGGUUUCCUGCUUCUCCGAACCUCGUCUACGUUUUCUCCUGGAACAAAACGGACGUUUACGGACGGCAGGUCACCGGACUGGUGCAGGCGCAGGUCUCUGUGGGGUUUGAGUACGAGUCCUGUCCAGACUUCAUCAUCUGGCAGAAGCGGACGGCGCAGCUGCAGGGAUUCGAAAUGAUUUCCUCUCACCUGGGCGGGUGGGCACUGGACAAACACCACACACUCAACCUGGAGAGCGGAAUUCUCCACAAAGGGGACGGGGAGAACGUCUUUAUUUCCCAGCAGCCCCCACUCAUCUCCACGGUGAUGGGGACGGGGGCGGUGCGUCCGAUCGCGUGUCCGAGCUGUAACGGCCCGGCGGCCGAACGGAAGCUCUUCGCUCCCGUGGCGCUGGCGUGCGGGUCGGACGGAAGCGUAUACAUCGGAGACUUCAACUUUAUCCGGAGAAUUCUGCCCAACGGAUUCACCGUCAGUGUCCUGGAGCUCAGAAACAGAGAUAUCAGACACAGCGCCAGUCCUGCUCAUAAGUACUACCUGGCUCUGGACCCGGUCAGCGAGGCCGUGUACGUGUCGGACAGCAGCAGUCGGAGGAUUCUGAGGCUGAAGGCUGUGACCGAGCCGCGAGAUCUGAGCCGGAACGCCGAGGUUUUGGCCGGAAACGGAGAGCAGUGCACUCCUUUCCACCCCAACCAGUGUGGAGACGGCGGCAAAGCCACUGACGCCUCGCUCAUCAACCCCAGAGGUAUCGCUGUCGAUAAAUACGGCUCGGUUUACUUCGUGGACGGAACCACGAUCCGCAAGAUUGAGAAGGGCAUCAUCACCACGGUGAUGGGAUCAAACGGACUCACCUCCACCCAGCCGAUCAGCUGUGACACACACAUGGACAUCAGCCAGGUGCGUCUCGAAUGGCCCACUGACCUGGCUAUAAGUCCACUGGAUAACUCCCUGUAUGUGCUGGACAAUAACCUGGUGCUGCAGGUCAGCGAUGUUGGCCUGGUCCGUGUUGUUGCCGGGAGACCGAUCCACUGCCCACUUCCUGUCACUGAGCCGCCAGCCACGGGCCCGGCGUCCACACAGUCAGCACUGGAGGGAGCCAAGGCCAUCGCCGUCAGCCACCAGGGGGUGCUGUACAUUGCUCAGACUGACGACAGAAAGCUCAGCCGCAUCCUGGAGGUCAACACCAAUGGGGAAAUGUCCGUCAUCGCUGGGACAGUUAGCGAGUGUGACUGUAAAAUUGAUCCAGACUGUGACUGUUUCUCUGGUGAUGGAGGCUACGCUCGGGACGCUAAGCUAAAAUCCCCCUCUGCUCUGGCUGUGUCUCCGAAUGGGACACUCUACAUCGCUGAUUUGGGUAACGUCCGUGUGCGCUCCUUGGUUGCCAGGCAACCGCGGCUGACCUCUGACCUCCUGUAUGAGGUCAUGUCCGUGGCGCAGCAGGAAGUUUACCUGUUCGCCCCGAAUGGCACUCACCUGUACACACGCUGCCUCGUCACCGGGGACUACCUGUACAACUUCAGCUACGUGGGAGCGGGGCUGGUCGCCGCAGUGACGGCCAGCGAGGGGGGCGCGGUCCAGGUGAGGCGGGACUCUAACGGAUCACCGCUGUGGCUGGUCACACCUGGCGGACAGGUGUACUGGCUGACCCUGAGCACCGCGGGGACGCUGAGGAGAGUCUCCGCCCUCGCGCACGACCUCGCCCAGAUCAGUUACUACGGAAACACCGGCCUGCUGGCGACCAUGAGCAACGAAAACGCCUGGACCACCGUCUACGAGUAUAACUCUGACGGUCACCUGAUCAAUGUGACCUUGCCGACGGGAGAGGUCAGCAGUUUCCAUGGUGACAUGGGCAAGUCUGUCAGGGUGGAGGCGUCAACUUCAAACCGAGAAAACUUCAUUACCAUCACCAACCACUCAGAGGACAACACCGUUUACACACUCAGACAAGCUCACUCUGUCAGUGUGUAUCGUGUCAGCGGUGAUGGAUCUCUGUGGGUGACCUAUGCCAGUGGGAUGGACGUCACUUUGAGCACUGAGCCUCAUCUGUUGCCAGGGCUGUUGCCAGGUGUGUCACCAGGGGCAGUCCAUCCUACCAUGGGCAGAUGCAACAUCACGUUGCCGGGGGAACAGAGCCACAGCAUCAUCGAGUGGAAACAGAGGCGAGAACAGGCCAGAAACUACAGCACAUACGAGCGCAGACUGAGGGCCCACAACAGGAACGUUCUCUCUAUAGACUAUAACCAGGCAUCCCGUGUGGGGAAGAUUUACGAUGACCACCGUAAGUUUACCCUGCGCCUGCAGUAUGAUGACCGUGGCCGGCCGGUGCUUUGGGCACCGAGUAAGUUCAGUGAUGUUCGGGUCAGUUACACCAGCGAUGGCCUGCUGGCUUCCAUCCAGAGAGGAAACUGGAGUGAACGCAGAGAUUACGACAACGGCAGGCUAAUCACCCAAACAUGGGCUAACGGCAAAACCUGGAGCUACAGCUUUCAGGAGAAGUCAAUCCAGCUGUUGCUGCACAGUCAGAGGCGCUACACAUUUGAAUAUGACCAGACGGAUUACCUCAUGUCCAUCACGCUGCCCAGCAUGGUCAAACACGGCCUGCAGACCGCGCUGUCCAUCGGUUACUACCGUAACACCUACACGCCACCGGACGCCCCAGGCCACGCGCUGGUGCAGGAUUACUCCCCUGAUGGACGGCUGCUGCAAACACUGUACUUGGGCUCUGGUAGACGGGUGAUCUACAAGUACAGCAGGACGUCCAGGCUCAGUGAGAUCCUCUUCGACUCCACACUUGUCAGCUUCACUUAUGACGAGUCGUCUGGUGCUGUCAAGACCGUCCACCUCAUGCAAGAGGGGUUUGUGUGUACAAUACGCUAUAGGCAGACCGGUCCUUUGGUGGGCAGGCAGAUCUACCGUUUCAGCGAGGAGGGUUUAGUCAACGCCCGCUUUGACUACAGCUACAACAACUUCCGGGUCACCAGCAUGCAAGCCAUGAUUAAUGAGACGCCGCUCCCCAUCGACCUUUACCGGUAUGUGGAUGUGUCGGGCCGGAUCGAACAGUUCGGCAAGUUCAGCGUCAUCAGCUACGACCUCAAUCAGGUCAUCACCACACAUGCCAUGAAGCACAGCAAAAUCUUCAACCCCAACGGUCAGGUGGUGGAGGUGCAGUACGAGAUCCUCAAGUCCAUCGCCUUCUGGAUGACGCUGCAGUACGACAGCUUGGGCCGUGUCGCAAACUGCGACAUCCGCAUCGGUGUGGAUGGGAACAUCACACGCCGCUCGUACGAGUACGACGCAGACGGUCAGCUCCAGUCGGUUGCCGUUGAUGAUCGACCACAGUGGCGCUACAGCUAUGACCUCAAUGGCAACAUCAAUCUGCUAAGUCAUGGCAACAGCGCAAGGCUCACACCACUACGCUACGACUUACGAGACCGAAUUACGCGGCUGGGUGAGAUCCAGUACCGGACAGAUGACGACGGAUUCCUGCGCGUCCGUGGCAACCUAGUCUUCGAAUACACUUCCAAUGGACUUCUGACAGGAGCGUUGGACCGAGACACUGGGAAACGGGUCUGGUAUCGCUACGACGGCCUGGGAAGGCGCGUUUCUAGUCGAAUUAGCGAUGGCACACUUCUGCAGUUUUUCUAUGCUGACUUGACCGAACCCACCAGAGUCACUCAUUUGUACAACCACACAGCAUCUGAAAUCACCUCCCUCUACUACGACCUGCAGGGUCACCUGAUUGCCAUGGAGAUGAGCAGCGGUCAGGAGUUUUAUAUAGCCUGUGACGCGGCAGGAACCCCACUAGCCAUCUUCAGCAGCCGAGGCCAGGUAGUUAAGGAGCUUCGCUACACACCCUACGGAGACGUCUAUAGGGACUCGAACCCAUCCUUCCUGCUUCCGUUUGGCUUCCAGGGUGGACUCUAUGACCCCCUGACCCGGCUGGUGCACCUCGGUCGCCGAGACUAUGAUGUGGUUGCCGGGAGGUGGACCACGCCCAAUCAUGACCUGUGGGCAGAGGUGAGCGCGGACCCCAAGCCGUUCAACCUGUAUGCCUUCAGGAACAACUACCCUCUCGGUGGCCUGCAAGACGUCACUAAGUUUACAACAGAUAUCAGCAGUUGGCUGCAGCUGUUUGGAUUCCAGCUUCACAACGUGGUGCCAGGGUUCCCCAAGCUGCCAGUGGAGAACACAGAGCAAACAUAUGAGAUGAUGAACGUUCAGAGCCGCACACAUAGCUGGGACCCCAGCAAGAUUGUUCUCGGCAUCCAGUGUGAGCUUCAGAAACUCCUGCAGAACUUUAUCUCUCUGGACCGUCUCCCUAUGACCCCGGCCAACAGCAGGCCGGGAGGCCGUCGGGGGCGGAGCCCACGGUUCUCCGCCCUCUCCUCCAUCUUUGGCAAAGGCGUGAAGUUUGCUGUCCGCGCUGACGGCACAGUCAGCGCUGAGAUCAUCGGGGUGGCCAGCGAGGACAGCCGACGCAUUGCUGCAGUGAUGAACGGCGCCACCUACCUGCGAGGCUUGCGCUUCACAGUGGAUGGCCGAGACACGCAUUAUUUCACCAAGGACAGCCCACUGGAGGCAGACCUUGGCGUGGUCUGGGGUGGAAGUGGAGCCACUGGUGGAGGGGCGAGGGUCUUGGAGAAUGGUGUCAAUGUUUCGGUCUCCCAGAUGAGCGCCGUGGUUGCCGGAGAAACUAGGAGAUUCGCAGAUUUGGUCCUGCAGCAGGGAGCGCUGUGCUUUAACAUCCGCUAUGGGGCAACGCUGGAUGAGGAACGAACACGAGUGCUGGAGGGGGCCCGGCUCAGGGCGGUGCAAGGGGCGUGGCUGUUGGAACAGAGGCGUGUUAGAGAUGGAGAGGGUGGGGCAAGGGUGUGGGGCAAUAAGGAAAGAGAGGAACUUCUGUCAGCAGGGCAUGUUUCCGGUUACGAAGGGUUUUACGUUUUGCCGGUUGAACAGCAUCCUGAGCUAGCGGACAGUCCGUUUAACAUACAGCUGAUUAGACAGACAGAUGUUGGCCGAAGGUAACGGCGGCACCAACACACACACACACACACACACACACACACACACACACACACACACACACACACACACAGCACUAUAGCAGGGAUACCUCAUUCAGAUCCUGAGGUGCUUUAGUUCAACACAGUUUGGUCAUUUUCCUGUUCUAGCACACCUGAUUCAAUUCAGCAGUUGGGCUGCAACAAUUAGCAUUGUUUACUUUAAAAAUUACUCUAUAAUGUUCAUAUGAUCCACAGAGUCAUUCUGACAGACUGUAAUACACUACAGGAAGUGUAGGGGGCGAUAUGGCUUCUACUGUUUCAUUUAAAAAGCCUCUAUAAUGUUCAUAUGAUCCACGCAGUCACUCUGACAGACUGUAAUACACUACAGGAAGUGUAGGGGGCGAUAUGGCUUCUAUUGUUUCAUUUAAAAAUGUUUAAUAUUGUUCAAAUGAUCCACACAGUCAUUCUUACAGAUUAAUCUGUAGGGGGUGAUUUUUCUAUUAUUUUAUUUCAAGAAAUUUGAGUGGUGGCAACAAAGGAU